AUGGAGAGGAAGAUCACAGUACUGCCAAUUUUGGGGAUGAUAAUGGCAGAGUGUGCACAAGCUGGGCGUAUGAUAGCAGGCAAAGAAGCCAUGUCAGAUGGCAUGAAUAGUUUCGUCUUUGUCUUUUACUCCAAUGCUAUUGCCUCCCUCAUUCUCCUCCCCUCUUCUUUACUCUUCCACAGAUCAUCGGAGAGGCCUCCACUUACCUUGUUAAUUGUGUCUGGAUUCUUCUUGCUUGGCCUUUUUGGUUGCUUGGGACAGAGUUUUGGUUAUGCUGGCAUUAACCUCAGCUCUCCUACACUUGGUACUGCCAUGCUCAAUAUUGUUCCUGGUCUUACCUUCAUACUUGCUGUUAUUUUCAGGAUGGAAAAUUUUGACUGGAAAAGUAAUAGCACCAUAGCUAAAUCUAUGGGAACCAUAAUAUCAAUUGGAGGGGCAUUCAUAGUUACCUACUACAAGGGUCCCUUAGUUCUGAAGGCACGACCCUCCGUUUCAAAUUCAUCAGACCAGGUUCUCUCACAACAGUCUAAUUGGGUUAUUGGAGGAUUGUUCCUUGCUAUUGACUGUUCUAUGGCUUCUUCAUGGCUUAUUGUACAGGGAGUCUUGGGGCAUGCAUUCCAAGUUGUUGUUACAACCUGGUGUCUACAGAAGACUGGUCCUGUGUUUGUUGCUAUAUUUGCACCCUUAGGGAUUGUUAUUGCAGCUUCAGCGAGUGUCAUCCUCUUUGGGGAUGCUCUGAAUCUUGGAAUUGUGAUUGGAGCCGCUAUCAUAGCCUUGGGAUUUUAUGCGGUGAUUUGGGGGAAGGCCCAUGAAGAGAUCAAGAAAGUUGAAGACGAGGAAAAUUCUGACUCUGCCUCAUCCUCUCAAGAAGUCCCCUUUCUGCAAAAUAAAAGGGAGAAUCAUUCGUAG